AUGGCUUUACUUAUUUUUGGAUUGGUGUUAUUUCCUAAUAUGGAGAAGUUAAUUGAUGCAGCAGCUAUCAGCGUAUUUUGGCCCGUCAAGGUUAAGAAUGAAGAUCCAGUGCCCGCACUCCUAGCAGAUGUUUAUCACACCUUGCACUUACGCUUUGAGAAGAAGGGAGGACUGAUGUUAUGUUGCAUACCACUCCUUUACCAAUGGUUUGUCUCUCAUGUGUUCAAAGAGGUUGAUACAAUUGAAAGGUCAAAAGGGUGCAUUACCUACAACCCUAUUUUAGCAAUGAGGCAGUUGGGUUAUCCUAUCACAUACAAGCCGGAUGACCAGUUGUUAGAAGGUUUUGUGUUCCAUGAUAUGGAGGAUCUCGUUAUGCUGAGAAGGGUUAUCCGAGCCUGGGGAAAAGUUCGCUUCAGAGGACAAGACAAAGGAAAGGGUGUCAUAGGGGAUAGAGAACCCUAUUAUCAAUGGGUCACCAGAAGAAGUCAAGAGAUCAAGAUGCCAUUCAUCCUCGAUCCUCCAACUCAACCUCCACCACCAGAACCCAUCCCUGUCUCCAUGGAAGAAGUGGAAACGUUGAGAGCUACUAUAGCAAGACUUGGACGAGAAAAUGAAGAGCGACAGACCAGCUUCCAGCAAGUUUCAAAUGAAAGAAAUGAAAUAAAGUGA